UUCAGUCCCACCCAGACCUGUGAAAUCAUAAUUUCUCAGUCAUUAUAAUUGGAAGUUUCCUCCCACCACUUAGAGCCCUUCUUGGCCAACAGCGACAUAAUUUGAAACCUUCAGUCACUGAAAGCAGUUUUUGUGAGUAUGUAGCUUUUGACAGUCUGAAUUGGUUAAGGAGGAAGCUUAAAUUACCUGGCAUAUUGCAUGUUUCUCCUUGGAAACGUCCUUAGAAUCAGGCUUCUGAUAAGGAUUUAACAGCAGAAAGUCUAAUAGCUAUGGCAGCUGUGUUGCCCAUGAAGAGUAAUCUUUUCAUAGGCACCAACUGAACAGAAAAGCAGCUGCCUUCCCACAGGAGGACUAGGAACCCCGAAUAGGAACCGUACAGGGAAGUGUGCUGAGGAAGACCCUGCAGGUGGGGCUAUGAUUCUCCUCCCAGGAGUGUGGGGUUUCGGCAAGAACACACGUGAAGUAACUCUGGGAAUGGGCUUCUCUUUCAUGCUAACUUUUAACUAAAUCCUUCCUUUUCUUUUCAUCGUAUUUAUUUUCCUUAACUGUAUUUUAACUGGAGUGGAUGAGUAUACACUUGUAGGAAUUCUACAGCCUAAUCCCUUGGUUCUCUUUAGCUCAUAGACCAUCGCCAUCACCCACCUUCAUCCCACAGCUACGGCAGACUUUAUAUCUCUGAGCACAAGUAAAGCUGCCAGUCUAACGAGGACGUGUUGGCUGAACAGCACUCUAGGAAGCGCGUCUUAACGCUUUACAUUGUUCUUUUCUUUGGAAUUGCUGUCUGGAGCUCUACAACUCUCAAGACUUUACGCAGCAUCUGUUUAGCAUGAAGAGAGCACUUACUCUCCAUGGUAGUGCUAAAAAUAUUCACAUCAAAGUUUCCGGAGAUGUUAACAACUUGAGGUUUAGCAGUAAACUGGCUCAUACUUGCACGUUCUCUCCUUUGUCACCUGAGAGAGCCAUGACUGAUGAUACAGGUAUCAGCAUGAAAGGGUUGUUGAGAAACAAAAUUUUGUUCAACAAUUGAGACAUUUUUUCAUGAAAAAUUUGGUCAAGAACUGAAUUGUUCGAGAUGGGAGACAUUCAAGAACUGAGGAUGGCAUAGUAAAUCCAACAAUAAGAAAAGAUUUGAAAACUGUACCAAAAUUCUACUGUUGUCCAAUUGAAGGAUGCCCCAGAGGUCCUCACAGGCCAUUUUCUCAAUUUUAUCUCGUAAAACAGCACUUUAUGAAAAUGCACGCUGAAAAGAAGCAUAAAUGUAGUAAGUGCAGCAAUUCAUAUGGCACUAAAUGGGACUUGAAGAGACAUGCAGAGGAUUGUGGCAAGACCUUCCAGUGCACAUGUGGCUGUCCGUAUGCAAGUAGAACUGCAUUACAGUCCCACAUCUACCGAACUGGCCAUGAGAUCCCUGCGGAGCACAGGGACCCACCUGUUAAGAAAAGAAAAAUGGAAAGCUGCCUGCAAAACCAGAAGUUGUCCAAUAAAACUGUUGAAUCUUUGAGCAACCAACCAAUCCCAAGACCAGACACUCAAAAAUUAGAAACUUCAGAAAUAAAGCUAGCUGCAUCUUUUGAAGAUUCUUGUGGCUCUAAUGCCAGAAAGCAGACUCUUACAACAACUCCAAAAUAUCCUCAGAAAUUGCUUUUACCAAAGCCCAAAGUGGCUUUGGUUAAACUACCUGUUAUGCAGUUUUCUCCUAUGCCUGUCUUUGUGCCUACAGCUGACUCCUCAGCCCAGCCUGUAGUGUUAGGUGUUGAUCAUCAGGGCUCUGCCUCCAGUGCUGUGCACUUACUACCCUUGUCAGUAGGAACUCUGAUUCUUGGCCUUGAUUCAGAAGCCUGCUCUCUUAAGGAGAGCCUUCCUCUUUCAAAGAUUAUAAAUCCUGUUGCUGUUGAGCCGAUUAGUACAGGUGUUCAAGUGAACUUGAGUAAAAAUUCAUCUAGUCCUUCACAAGAACUAGGGAAUGCAUGUCAAAAGAACAGCAUUUCUUCAAUCAAUGUACAGACAGAUCUGUCUUACGCCACACAACACUUUAUACCUUCUGCACAGUGGGUCAGCCCUGAUUCCUCUGUAUCGUCUUGUUCUCAAACUGAUUUGACUUUUGGUUCUCAAGUUUCCCUCCCCAUUAGUGUUCAUACUCAGACAUUUUUGCCCAGUUCUAAAGUAACUUCAUCUAGAGCUGCUCAGACUGAUGCGUUUUUAGAUGCCUCUUUCCAGGCAGGUGGAAUCUCCAGAGAAACUCAAACCAGUGGAAUGGGAAAUCCAACAGAUGACCGAGUACAAAUGGACCAAGCUGUAAUGUGCAGAGACAUUUUUGAGGGUGUCCAUUCAUCGUACGGUAUCACUACAGACAAUAUUAUAAGCAGCAGCUUAGUAGGAGAGACUGUUACUCAUGCUUUGUUACCUCAGAACCACUCUAAAGCUUUAAGUCAAGAUACUGAGAAAUCUGUACCAGUUAUAAACUUUAGUGCACAGAACAGUAUGCUUCCUUCACAGAACAUGACAGAUAAUCAGACCCAAACUAUGGAUUUAUUAAGUGAUUUAGAAAACAUCUUGUCUAGUAAUCUGCCUGGUCAGACACUGGACAAUCGUAGUCUUCUGUCUGACACGAACACUGGACCUGAUAGCCAGCUCCCAUCUGGUUCAACCCAGAAUCCCACAAUUGAUUUUGAUAUCGAAGAGUUCUUUUCGGCCUCUAAUAUUCAGACUCAAACUGAAGAGAGUGGGCUUAGCAGCAUGACCACUGAGCCGGUCUUAGAAUCACUGGACAUAGAGACCCAAACUGACUUCCUACUUGCAGACACCUCUGCCCAGCCCUACAGUUAUAGGGGAAAUUCUAAUUUCUUAGGCCUUGAAAUGUUUGACACACAGACACAGACAGAUUUGAACUUCUUUUUAGACAGUAGUCCUCAUCUGCCUCUGGGAAGUAUUCUGAAACACUCCAGCUUUUCCAUGAGUACUGAUUCGUCUGACACCGAGACCCAAACUGAAGGGAUCUCCGCUGCUAAAAACCUAUCUGCUCUAGAAAGCAAGGUUCAGUUAAAUAGUACGGAAACGCAGACCAUGCAUUCUGGCUUUGAAACCCUGGGGAGCUUGUUCUGCACCAGCAAUGAAACGCAAACAGCAAUGGAUGACUUUCUUCUUGCCGAUUUGGCCUGGAACACGAUGGAAUCUCAGUUCAGCUCUGUAGAAACCCAGACAUGUGCAGAACCACACACAGUUUCCAACUUCUAAAAGUGAAGUCCAUGUGGGAAUGGCAUUUACAAUUUCCUUUAUUUAAAAAAUGGGGAGUGGAGACCACAGUAUUAACUCUGUUGAAUGUAGUUAAUAUGCAGUUCUUCCGUUCUUUGAGUUUCUUUGCCUUUUGUACUUGUAAACGUGUAUAAAUGUGAGUGUAUUAUAAAGUGAAGAUGUUGAUUUAAAA